CACCCAGAUGCUCUCACACACCCAGACGCGCGCGCAUCCCUGAGCCACGGGGCGCACGUGAGCCCGCACCCCGCGCACCCAGCCCUGCCUCUCGCCAGAGCAUCCUCAGCAGCUGCCACCAACGCAGACGCAGCCUCCUUCUCCUCUUCCUCCUCCUCCUACCUCCGCCGCCGCCGCCACCACUGCCGCUGCGGCUGUGAUCUAUCCCCUCUCGUCCUCCUUGCUCCCCCAGUUCCUGCUCUUCCUCCCAUCCCCUGCUUCUGCCCAGCGGCGAAGGGCAAAACCCUCGGCUGUGGGUCUUCUUCUCUCUGACCAAGAAGAGGCUGGAACAGGUUUCCCCCAAGAAAGAGCAGCUGAGUUCUUGCGUCUUGUGGCAGCUGGUGUGUCCAGCACUGAGUCCGUAGGAGCUGAAGUCAGCCUGGGCCCUUCUCAUGGGCAGUGCCACCUGUGCUGAAGUCCGCAGCAGUGGCAUUGUGAGGAGCUGUGAAACUGGUAGUAACGGAAAAUGUCUGACGGUCUGGAUAAUGAAGAGAAACCCCCAGCUCCCCCACUGAGGAUGAAUAGUAACAACCGGGAUUCUUCAGCACUCAACCACAGCUCCAAACCACUUCCCAUGGCCCCUGAAGAGAAGAAUAAGAAAGCCAGGCUUCGCUCUAUCUUCCCAGGAGGAGGGGAUAAAACCAAUAAGAAGAAGGAGAAAGAGCGUCCAGAGAUCUCUCUUCCUUCAGACUUUGAGCAUACGAUUCAUGUUGGGUUUGAUGCAGUCACCGGGGAAUUCACUCCAGAUCUCUAUGGCUCACAGAUGUGCCCAGGGAAGCUCCCAGAGGGAAUUCCUGAGCAAUGGGCACGAUUACUCCAAACCUCCAACAUAACAAAAUUAGAACAGAAGAAGAACCCACAAGCUGUUCUAGAUGUUCUCAAAUUCUAUGAUUCCAAAGAAACAGUCAACAACCAGAAAUACAUGAGCUUUACAUCAGGAGAUAAAAGCGCACAUGGAUACAUAGCAGCCCAUCCUUCGAGUACAAAAACAGCAUCUGAACCUCCAUUGGCCCCUCCUGUGUCUGAAGAAGAAGAUGAAGAGGAGGAGGAGGAAGAAGAUGACAAUGAGCCCCCACCAGUUAUUGCACCAAGACCAGAGCAUACAAAAUCAAUCUACACUCGUUCUGUGGUUGAAUCCAUUGCUUCACAAGCAGCACCAAAUAAAGAGGUCACACCACCCUCUGCUGAGAAUGCCAAUUCCAGUACUUUGUACAGAAACACAGAUCGGCAAAGAAAAAAAUCCAAGAUGACAGAUGAGGAGAUCUUAGAGAAACUAAGAAGCAUUGUGAGUGUUGGGGACCCAAAGAAAAAAUACACAAGAUUUGAAAAAAUUGGUCAAGGGGCAUCAGGUACUGUUUAUACAGCACUAGACAUUGCAACAGGACAAGAGGUGGCCAUAAAGCAGAUGAAUCUUCAACAGCAACCCAAAAAGGAAUUAAUUAUUAAUGAAAUUCUGGUCAUGAGGGAAAAUAAGAACCCUAAUAUUGUUAAUUAUUUAGAUAGCUACUUAGUGGGUGAUGAACUAUGGGUAGUCAUGGAAUACUUGGCUGGUGGCUCUCUGACUGAUGUGGUCACGGAGACCUGUAUGGAUGAAGGACAGAUAGCAGCUGUCUGCAGAGAGUGCCUGCAAGCUUUGGAUUUCUUGCACUCAAACCAGGUGAUCCAUAGAGAUAUAAAGAGUGACAAUAUUCUUCUCGGGAUGGAUGGCUCUGUUAAAUUGACUGACUUUGGGUUCUGUGCCCAGAUCACUCCUGAGCAAAGUAAACGAAGCACUAUGGUGGGAACCCCGUACUGGAUGGCACCUGAGGUGGUGACUCGAAAAGCUUAUGGUCCGAAAGUUGAUAUCUGGUCUCUGGGAAUUAUGGCAAUUGAAAUGGUGGAAGGUGAACCCCCUUACCUUAAUGAAAAUCCACUCAGGGCAUUAUAUCUGAUAGCCACUAAUGGAACCCCAGAGCUCCAGAAUCCUGAGAGACUGUCAGCUGUAUUCCGUGACUUUUUAAAUCGCUGUCUUGAGAUGGAUGUGGAUAGGCGAGGAUCUGCCAAGGAGCUUUUGCAGCAUCCAUUUUUAAAAUUAGCCAAGCCUCUUUCCAGUCUGACUCCUCUGAUUAUCGCAGCAAAGGAAGCAAUUAAGAACAGCAGCCGCUAAGACUGCAAGCCUUACACCUCACCAUCUCCCUCAUGAGUAAGACUGAAAUAAAACUCUGCUGCAGGAAAGAUGGAAGAAAAGACAGUCAAAUGGGGUGGGGGUUCUUUAUCUUUCAAAUGAAUAGAAACUUCUUAUAAGCCUUUUCCUACUCCCUCAGAUUAUGUAAUUUAUUUGUAAGCCUGAAUAGCAGCCCAAACAGGGCAGCAAUGUUGAAGUGACCAUAAAGCAGUCACUUCCACCGUGAAGCGAAAGAGCCAGUAGUGAAUCCCCUCAUUUUGUGCAUUCACUUUGAAGAAAAAGGUUUCUCAAAGAUGCACACUCCCUCUUCAUAGUGUUGUGUUUGUUUUUAAGUUAGAGAGUAGUCCCUCUUGCAUUCGAACCUCCUUCCAAACUCCUUACCCAAUGUGAUGUUUUCACUUGCAUUGUCAUUAGAUGUCCAGAAAAAAGAUGUCAAAAUGUUUUUCUAAAAAAAAAGAAAGCAAAAAUGCAAAGCAAAAAAAAAAUGAAAAAGUAAACAAACAAACAAACAAACAAAAAAAGAGCAAGUACUGUGUGAACAUGUGAAAGUCCACGCCCUAAUAGAGUUGCAAUUUUUAUUCUUCUUCUAUAGUGGUGACUUGGUUUAUGUACCUAUUUUUCUGCAUUUGGGUUGGAAAAGGUUUCUUUUAAGACAUUUUCCAAAAGUGGAGAGGAAUAUGUGUGUUCAGGAAGGGCUUUUACAAACUGUAUAUCUAAAUAAAGCUCAAAUGGUGAAGUCCUGUCACAUUUUCACAAUCAUGCUUAAAAGCUAGUUGAGUAAACCAGGUUGUUAAUCUUCUUAAUACCUGGAAGAGGACACACUGAAACUGUGACAUCCUGCUAGGUGAGUUCAGGUUCUGAACCUAGGAAAUCCUGAUAGGAGAAACCACAUUUAAACAAAGAUGGAACUUUCUUUGAGAACCAAAACCAGAUAAAUGUAGAAUCCUGAAAUCCUUGUUGGACUUCAAGUAAACAAAGGUAAUGAAACCUAAAUUAAUCCUCUCUUGUGCUUAUAAAACAUAUGCACUGUAAAAUAGGCAUACCAGGAGGAAAUCAUUCCAUUAACCAACAUUUCCUUAUGACACAAAUUAUUUAUUUUGAAAAUUUAUAACAUUUACAAAAGGUUUUUAAAGAUCUAGAGAACAGUGAUAUAGUAAACAUUCAACUCUGUAAGAAAUGGGAGGUCAGUGAAAGCUACAUCCCAAUCAAUAUUUGGCUCUAAGUACUUGUUCCCAUUUUCUGUAUGUAUCACCUAUUUCUGUUUCAGAAUAUGGUAUGUUCAUGCUUAAUUCUUUGGGCUUUUGAGUAUCAAAAGCAUAUUCAUAAAGAUCUUCAAAUGCUCUUCAGUGGAAAAUAAUUUUAACUUACGGUCAUAUUUCAAGAAAUGUCAGUCCAACAGAAUUCCUUCUAUGGCUUCAGGAAAAUAACAAAAUAUCACCAUAUAUUAUAACAAUAUUUCACCAACUAUUAUUUCACCAUUGAUUAAAAGUUCAACAGCUGGCACUUCCUGAAUCUUCUUAGAAUAGAAAAAUAUCUGGAGGGUGUCUGUGUAGAAAAGGAUAUGCUUCUCUUUUGAGUGUAUUGAUAAUUUUAUAAAUUACAGAAAGUUGUUUCUCUAAGCCUUUGAAAAGCUAAUGAUUUGUGUGAUAGAAGGCUUCUUAAUUUAUAGUAUUCAAAGAAUCUAAACAGAACCUAUAAACAUUCAGCAAGAAGGGGAAAGAGAUUAGUUACUUAGGCCUCUCUCCUUCUUUGCAAAGGUACAUCCAUCCAUUUAACCAUCCAUGUAUUCAUUCCUUAAAAUGAAAGCACUUUCUUUAGAGUUUCAGCAAAGCAUUUAGUGUACAUUUUUAUGUUUAGGAGAUGACCCCACAAGUGUGUUUCCUAUUUUCCCUAUUGUUUUCUUUGACUGUAAAAUUUGGGAGGGGCUUGAUCUCCUCCCCUUGAAAUGUCCACAUUGGGAUAAACAACAAAUGUGGAAAGAAAAUGAAAUGGUAAUAUUAAUUUGAAGCAUACUAUGUUAUACCUUGCAAAAAGGCAUCUGGGCCUGUAAUUUUUAAUGCUACACUGCUCUAAUGAGAGAGAGAGGCCUUAAUUUGAUUUCAUUUAAAUUUUUUCACUCAUAGUGCCAGGAAAGUCAAUAAAAUCCUGGGAUGCAAAUAAAAACCAGUACAUUGGUGACCAUGUCCUGCCAGUGAAGAGAGCCCAAAACCUGGUUAGGAAGCCCUGUUCAUCAGUUAGCAUCCCUUAGAUGUUGUGAAGGCCUUUUUGUUGUUAUUUUGGAGAACAUGGAGCAGUGAUCCUUCAGACCACCGUAGGCAGAGAAAUGGCUUCUCUUUUAUGCUUUCAGUUCAGCAUAUUAAAAACGAGGAGCCAAGUACUUCUUUACGACCACUUUGUACCAAGAUUUUAUAAUAAUAUAUCCCAGGAGGCAUUACUUUUAUAAAUUUGUACUUACGUAAAUUUUCAAAUGAGAACAGCUGCUAAAACCCCUUCCUUGUAUUGGAGAGUUGUAAAUAUUUCUAAUAAGUAUUAGAGAGAAGCUGUUUCUCAUGCCACAAUGAUGCUGAAGGAUUCACUUUUGGUACAGUCGAGCAACUUGGACUCCAGAUUGUUAACAGUUUAUUCUCUUUCCCCAGAUUUUUUUUAGCUCAUCUUGACACAGGUGAGUCUAUCCAAAUCUUUAAUGUUACUAGUGUGCCCUGAGAUAACAAGGGCACAUCCUCGAAUGUUGAUUCCAAAAUGUCCUGAGAUAGGAAUAGGGCAGUGGGAAAGUCAGGAAAGGGUGAGAAGCACAGUAGAGAUUAUUUAUUUAAAAAAGAAAGAACGUUAAUGUUGUUAGCAAGGAUCCAGUGCGUUGUCAUAAUCCCAUGAAGAUUGUCGAAUGACACAAUCCUCUCAAUCAGUCACCAUGUUGGGUAAUGACUUCGUUCUUGCUGACCUCGUGUAUGUGUCAUUGUAAAUAUUUGUGCGUCCAUGUUCCAUUUUGGCUACUGGAUGGCCAAGUCAUGUAAGAAAAUUUAACUCAGUAUUUAUUCUUUAUGUUAUUCAGAUUUCUUUCAGGCUUGUGAACUGCACCUCAAUGUUUGAGUUUAACCACCUUAUCCUUACAUCUAUCCCUCCCCAGUGAAGCACACUCCAUUGCUAAAAGAAAAAGAAAUAUGAAAUUGCUUCCUGUUGUCUGUAUAACUGUUUUGAUAGUUUGAGAUGUUUGUCUAUAAAUGAUAUUUCUCAGCUCAAAGAUCGUGUAAAUAAUUAUAUUCCUUUGCUUAAUGAGUUGUUUGUUUCUAAUGAAGCUGCCAGUUCUGAGAGAUCCUAUAAUAUCACUUUUGAAUAACAUAAACAGGGAUUACAACUAUGUAAAAAGAAAUGCAUAUGGACAAAGACUGGUAACACAGAAAAUUGAAAUCAGUUGUGUUAGGGUGAUGGAAUUAUGUGAAAAUUUUUUUUCUUUUAAAAAUUUUCUUUGAUGUUGUUAUAAUAAUUGCUUUAUAAUAAACAGCAGAAAGGGAACUAUAGACACAUAGAAAAGACGCCAGAAGCAGAUGCCUUCUGGCCAGAGCCCAGAGCAUGCAGGGCACAGAUAUUUGCUAGUUACAAUUAUUCCAUAGGCUUUAUACUUGCCUGGGUGCUGAGGUUGGCACACGCUCGGGUAUGGCAUGUGCUUUCUUAGGAGACUAUUAUCAAUAAGUUAAAGCUAGGGAGAUGUCACUAUUAGAACUCAAAACACACUCUUCUGCUUUAAAACAGGCUGUCUGCCCUCUGCUUUGGUACGGUAUUCGGGUGUUUGUUUUGUGGUUGCUUUAGACUGGAGGCGUGACCAUUUUUAGCCCCCUUAAUAACAUCGGUUGCAGAUACUGCCUUUCUGGAACGUUUUAACAGACUUUCGGGUUGAAUUUUGGAGGAAUAGGAUAAAAUCCCCAGCUCCUACCAUUUUCCUUGUCCAACAGGAUAUUACUGUAUAUCAUUCAAGUAGAAUUCUUAUUUUAAUAACCAAUACGGCAAGUCCCAUUGAUUUCAGUAGAAGUUAUGACUUGUAAUUAAAAGCUGACUUUGAAAUCAUUAAACAAAUAUUUAGAACCAUCUCUGCCUGUUGGCAUUCAGUUAUAGUUCUGUUAAUUUUGACUUGAGAUGGUCUCCUGUGCUUUUGUUUCGCCUAAUUAUAGGUUUUAUGCAGUAGUUGUGAUUUUUAAAGAGCAAGGGAGAUCAUCUAAUCAAAGGAGAAGAAUUUCCUUCUCACUCACUGAAGAAAUUUUAGGUGAGAACUUUAAUAAUGAGGUAGUCACCUCGGAUAUGAUAUGUUACUUAGUUUCACUAAAAGCAGACCCUCAACUAGAGAACUCAAUUGGCUUUUUAUCGGUCAUUCGCCUUGUAAAAAUACUUAAGGGAGUCUUAACCCUGCCAUCCCCAGUUGAAUCUCUUGGUCUUUAUCUGACCUACUUGCAGUUAGUAUUCAGUUUAACAAGGCAUGGCCAACAAUGCAAGUAUCUCCCAGUCUCUGAGCUCUGAACAAGAAGACUGAAAUUCAGCAUUUGUAAACUGACAGUUCAAUAGGCCUGGGAUUUGGAGUGAACUCAACACACAAUUCUGAACAUAUAUUUGUAUGUGGACUGGGAAGGAAAUAAAUGGUAACUUGGAAAUAAUGGAAAUAUUUCUCCUAUAAAAGAAUUUUUCAUAAAAGAUUUGUUUCUGAUAUAAUUUUUCUGUUGCUUAGCUUUUAGUUUUUUCAUUCCUUUUCUGAUCCACAGUCCUUUAACUAACCAAAUGAAUAUAAACCAACAUGCAUUGGGAAUGUGUUAAUAUUAAACAAUGUCCGACUGAAUCUGCAAAGGCGGGAACUGAGAUAUCACCUUCAUGUGCACACCUGUGUGUACAAGUAUUCUAUUUAACUUGUUGCAUUUACUGCCACUUAAUUGGGUUGAACUUGCAAUAUAAACUUUUAGAAACUGAUUAGUGCCAUCAAAGUCUCCUUUAGAAGCUGCCAUCAGGCAAAUGCUAUCCCGUAAUACCAGCAAUAAGGCAGGCAUCCAUCUGUUCACCAUAUUUAGUACCCAAGAGGAAAUCAAUAGCAAUAAUAGAGAAUGAGUCAGAUGUAGUGGAAUAAAUACUAGCCUAGGAAGAAGGAGCCCUGGAGUCUAAUAUGAGCUUAUUACUAAUUGCAGUGAGACCUUGGGCAAGUCACUUAACCUUUCAAUGACUGUUUCCUCGUCUGUAAAAUAAGUGUAUUGGACUAGAUGAUCCUUAGGGUCUUUCCAAAAGCUCUAACAUUCUACUGUAUUAUAGGUUGCCUUGCAAAUUCAGCCUGCUAUAGUGAUGGCAAAUAUCACAUGCUUAAGCCUGAGUGUCUUAUGUUGCAGUUAAAUAAAAGAACUGUGUAGGAUGAUUUUUAAAACUCAAGCAAAUGAAGUUCAUAAUAAUAGGGAAUGUUGAUAAAACUUGUGGCAGCCUUUCAAUUCAUUCAGGGUUGUUUCGUUUUGUUUUUGUUUUAAUGUCCAUUUUCUGUUGACUGUUCCCAGUUUUCAUUUUCCAUACACUCUCUAUGUAAAGUCUGGUUUUCAUUAAGCUGUCGCCAGUAUUGCCACUACAACAGAAAUACACUGUCACACUUGCUAGAAUAUAACUGUACUUGGGCUUCUCCUUUCCUGUGAAUUAGUGCUGGGCUUUAUAUAGUUUAAUUCUCAAGUGGCACAAGAUGGCAGAGCCCAUGCAUUUUAAUGGCUGAGACUACUAAGAGUAAACCUAAACACUUACAAGUUGCAGAGAGAAAUGAAAAAGUAAUUACAUGCUCUUAGCAGUCAGAAGUGUUGACAAAUUCAUUUGUUGGGAACCAAAGAUAGCAUUCCUGAUGACAACUCCCACAGUGAUUGGCCAGUUGUAUGAUGAGUACACUGCUGGAAAGAGGGUAAACUGGGAGUUAGUGGAUGGUCCCAAUGCCCUGCCUACAGCAGAGUGCCAACCAGUCCUGAGUGCAAAAUUCAAGUUCAAUAUGUGUGCUUGUGUAUGGUGUGCUUUAUGGACCUGCAAAUACUAUAUUGAUUAUUGGUGAUAAGAUCUUCACAGAAUCCUGUAACUAUUAAUGCAUUGAGUUUUAAAUCUCAGUACAUCAGCCGGGAGGAGCCAGAUCACAAGGGUAGUGAUGUCUACUGGGAUUAUACUUAAAACAUCUACACAAAACAAGUUGAGGAUCCACAUUUUCAUUGUUUAUCAGAAUUGUAUCUCAUUUGGCUGUGCAUUACUUUUGUCAAAAUGUGUUAUCUGUAAACCAUGUGUAGUGAAAUUCUUCUGUAACUUUGGAUUAAAGGUAUUUAUGGUCUUUUUGUUUGUUGAUUUUUAAGUAAGUUAUUUCUUUUGUAGACCUGCUGAUGGUAUGGUUACAUCCUUUUGGCCUCAGCAUCCAAUCUUUUUAAGGAUUUUUGUUUCCAUACUGUUAUUUAAAUUGUGGUUGAAGCAAUAGAAAAUUGAAAUAUGGAUUGUGCAUGACUGUGUCUUGAGUGUAAAAAUAUUGCAGUUUGAAACUUGGACCUAAAGUAUUGCAAAUAAAAAUGACAAACAUCA